UUUCAAAAUGGCAUUUUGGAAUGUCUUUUUCGAAUAUCUGGCAGAAAUUUUUGACAAAGACAUAAGUCAAAUCAAGAUUAUUCUAUUGCUUUUCGUUUCCUUCUUCCUCAGUUAUUUGAUUACAUUCAUAAAGACCCCAAAUAUGAGAUACUAUUACUCCCUCAUAACAGGAUUCAUGCUGAACUUCUUGAUGUUUGAAGAGGAAGUGAUACAUCCCAUUUCCAUGCUCAUUGGUACUUAUCUGAUUAUGAGAAUCUUCCCCAGAGAUAAGCAGCAGAUCAUCAACUUUGUGUUCCUCUACACUUACCUCUCAGCUCAGCACAUACACCGCAUGGUGUACCACUACGGUGAGUGGGGUGGAGAAAUCACGUCAUUCACCAUGAACUUGGUCUGCAGACUCACUUCAGUUGCUUUCUGAUACUGUGACGGUGCCAACAACAAAGACGAAGACUUCCAGGAGCAACCAUCGUUCAUGUGGUUGCUGGGCUACACAUACAACACUCCGAGCUGACUGGCAGGACCAUUCUUUGAGUUCAAAGACUACAAGCACUGGAUACUUUUGAAGGGAGACUAUGAAAAUAUUCCAAGCACAUUCAAGCCAGGGUUCACUAGACUUGCAACAUCUUUUAUCUGGAUGUGGCUAGCAGCAUAUUUUUCGAUUCAUCAUAAACCUGAAAAGUGUGCAACAGAAGAAUUUUGCAGCAGAUCUUUCAUCAUGCAGAUUUGGGGCUUCUAUUUGACUCAAUUCUAUUUUAAAUUCGUAUACUAUUUUGUUUUUGCUUUGAAUGAUUCCUGCGUGAUAGCAAGCGGACUUUCUUGGAAUCCUAACCCUCGAAGAUCAAAGCAGCCUAAUUUUACAAAGAUCAAGAAUAUUGAUGAAUGGCUUAUCGACUUUGGGUAUAAUGUGAGAUUUCAAACAGCAGGCUGGAAUAUGUCCAUUUCAGUAUGGCUCAAAAGAUAUGUUCUCAAAAGAUUAGCCAAAAAUAAUGGUGGUAAAGCAGGUCCAAAAGAGUUCAUUAUCACCUUCAUGGUGUCUGCUUUCUGGCAUGGAUUUUAUCCUUGAUAUUACUUUUUCUUCUUUUACUUUGCUUUUGUGAACCUCUCAGCUGAAGAGAUAUAUAACACAUACUCGUAUUUCUUCAGAUUUUUACCUCAAAGAAUUAGGAGAUUAAUGGCAUGGUUCUUGAGUUAUCUCUUUACUUGCCAUAUUGUUACCAUAUUUGCCCUCUAUGACGUCAGGGAUGUGGUCUACUACUUCAACUGACAAUACUGGAUCUAUCAUAUCAUGGCAAUUGGCUUCUUCCUGUUCACUAUCAGCCCUCCAGGCAAACGCAUCAAAAAGUACGUCAAACAGCAGCAAGCAGUGCAAGAGGCGAAAGAAAAAGCUGAAUAAAUUAUUAGAUAUGGAACA